AUGUUAUGCAAGCAACUGCACAAUUUUCUUGGUCUUCUCGUCGAGUUUUUUCUUUGUUUCAAAGUCAUGUCUCAGAUUGAGAACUGUCCUUUCCUUCUUGUCAGGAGGGCAGCAUGUCAUCAAGAACAUGAAGGAGGUGUAUCAGAAAUUCCUAUCGUGGAGUGGGAGGAGCUUGUCUGUUUGGAAGACUCCGUUGCUGCAAAAUCCACUAAAGGAACCGAAGAGGCCUGUCGUGCAGCUGCUUUAUGGCUUGUGCGUUGUGGAGAGCUAUCAAGGGCCUCUAAAGUUCUUACCAGCGCUGGUCUGGCUCCAUCUACAGCGGAUACAGCAAAGAAACUGGCAUCAAAACAUCCUCCUAGGGUCAAGAGUAUCGAUUUAUUAAACACACCCCACAGCGCAGCUAUCAAUUUGUCUGAAAAUGUUUUCUGUGAUACAGUACGGAGAUCUCCUCGUGGGUCUGGUGUUGGACCUUCUGGAUGGCGUUUUGAACACUUUAAAGUAUUGAUUGAUAAUGAGAACACAGCAAAAUGCCUUUUCUCUGCAUGCUCAGCUAUAGCUAAGGGUAUAUUGCCUCCUGAAAUUGCCCAGCUUAUGUCAUCAUCCAGACUGAUUGCUCUUUCUAAGUCUAAUGGAGAUCUUCGUCCUAUAGCUGUUGGAGAUGCACUUCGUCGUCGUACUGAUCGAGCAAUUUGUGCUCAGAAGAAAGAAGCGUUUGCUGAUUAUUUUACACCUAUUCAGCAUGGAGUCUCAACACAGAACGGUACUGAGCUUGUUGCUCACCACAUUGGCCUGAUGCUAGAAGUUAAUCAAAAUUGGAUCGUUCUCAAGUCAGAUGUUCGCAAUGCUUUCAAUUCAAUCAGUAGGUGUGAUAUGUUAAAAGAAGUGUCUAAGGCCUUUCCUGACUUGUUCAGUCACAUCCAACAAAUGUAUGGUCACUCUAGCUCUCUUGUAUAUUUGCAAGGAUUGUCAUCAAUUGUCAUUCCAUCUCAAGAAGGAGUCCACCAAGGCGAUCCACUAGGACCAGUUCUUCUUGCGACAACAUCCUAUUUUAUCUGA